AUGUCUGCCUUUUCCCAUAAAAAGUUCGAUGCUGGCCAGUACAACCAGUUUCGGCCGCAGUAUCCACGGAGUUUGUUCGAUGAGAUUCUGAAAUACCAUUUGGCCACUGAAGGCAACCAAUUGGGCACGUUGUUGGACGUUGGAUGCGGCACGGGCCAGGUUUUCGUGCCACUGGCCCCCGAAUUCAAAAAAGUUAUAGCUACGGACGUGUCCUCGGUUAUGGUUGACAAGUCCAAGAAGGCAGCAGAGCAUAUCACCACCCCCACCGAGGUGUAUGUUGCCUCUGCCGAGGAUCUCCCGCUGGAUAACUCGUCUGUGGAUCUUGUUCUGGGGGGAGAGUGCGCCCAUUGGAUGGACACGGCCAGAUGGUUUGCGGAGGUGGACCGCAUCCUGCAACCGAACGGCACGUUUGCGUACUUUGGUUAUGUGGACCCGAUAUUUGUUGGCGAACCUGUUGCCAACGAGGUCUACGACGAGAUAACUUACGAAAACGGCGAGUUUCUGGGCCCCCACUGGCAGCAGCCGGGACGGACGAGAAUGCGCACGCUGUUCCGGGAAAUUAACGACCAGCUAAUCAAGGACCCGCGGUUCGACAACGUUGUCGUCGUGUACAACGACCCGUCGCGGCCAGAAACCCAGCCCGCUGCGCCAAAGUUCGAGCUCACCAAAAAACUCACCUUGGAAGAAUACCUCAACUACGGCAAGACAUGGAGCACCUACACUAACUGGAAGUCCAAGCACACAGGCCAAGACACCAGAGACCCACUAGACGUGAUGUACGAGCGUCUGAACAGGAGACUCGGGUGGGAAAAACAAACCACCAUCGAGAUCUCGUGGAAAACGGUGUACGUUAUGGCACGGAAAAUUGGCCGUAAAUAA